AUGAGCUUUCCUGGACAAUCUUUCAACGACAGCGGCAGCGUUUACUCGAGAUCUUCGUCGCAUUUCGAGACCGAAGCGAAAGACGGUCGAUUGAUGCCUAGAUCGGGCUCUACGUCGGAUCUGUUCGAGGUUCCUUCGAGCCGGGUCAAACCGAAACCAUACAGACGGUUCAACAGCUCUCGGGCGCUCCCAACGCAGAACUUGAGCCAUAUUCCGGAAAAACGACAAAAUUCGUCACCGGCGUAUUUGGCAUCUUACGAGCGGCAACUGCCGCAGCUACGGCCGCAGCCGCGGCAGCAGGUGUCUGUCAUGCAAAUGACGCCUUAUCAGAUGCAGAGGAGACAGAUGAAAAAUAGUUUCCAGUUUCCGAACGGCGAAAGCUUUACUCCGCGGAACCAAAGCGUAAGAACGUUUCAAAACGAGUCAGGUGGUAGGAUGCUGCCGAAAUCUGCGAGCUGCAGCAAUUUUCAUCCAGUUUCAGGUCAAACUCACCAAACCCCGUCGAUUAGGGAUUCUGUUCCUGGGCCCCUGAUUGCAAUACCUGCUCGUCCGUCGAGCGAAUUGAAUAGAAGAGACAAUCUUCAUUUGACUCCUCCAAAUCUACCCCGAAAUGACCUCAAGAGGUAUUCCAGUCUUUCCAGUCUUUCCAAACUGCCCACUUAUCCGUCUGCUCCAGUUAACCCGCCAGUGGCUUUUGGUCUCCGUAACGACACCAACAGUCAAGGCAAAAAUCGACCUAGUCCCACCCGUGCCAACCCCUCCAUCUACUCGCAUAAUAAUUUUAGCAGUCUAUUGCCGAAAGCGCAGGUCGCCUCCAGUAACACGUCCACAUCUAAUAGCAGCAACAGUCUGAGAAGUGAAAAUGUCGUUAGCAGCAAUACGAGCAGCAGUCCAAGUGAAGCGGCAGAAAUUCCGGAUGUUGUGAAACGUGGCUCCCUUCGAACUAACAGCAAGCGGAAGCACGAACUACAGGUGACGUCAAAGCAUCCGAGUGUUCAAUCUAUUAAAGCAACCUCGAACGUCGAGAAAAGCACAUGCGCAAACUCUAAAGACGCUGGACCUUCUCCUUCAAAAACUGACAUCAACGCGGUCGAAGACAAGCUUCCGACUUUGAAACGGUCACGCUCUUCUCGUCUGGGAUCUUUCUUCAAGAAAUUACUUCCGUCGACCAAAAAGCAGCAAGCGAAAAUGAAGCCCUCCAAGAGCCUUCAGCACAAAUUGCCCUCAGUAGAUGUCGACAAAGUAAAACCACCCAUGCCGCACUCAAAUGGCACUAAGUCAAGCAGUAUGAAUACUGAGCCACAAAAAGAUCGUUCUGAGUCGCCAACAAGCGAUGAAACAAAGAAGGAUGGAACUGAUAUCUAUGAUCUGGACGAUAUCGAUCUAGAUGAUGACGAAAGUGACAUGUUGAUGGACAUAGACUUGGUGUUCGACAGUCUUCUUCUGAAGAGCGACCAUUCACGCAUUACCAGGGCAAUUCAGUCGAAGACCCAGCAAUCUGACCCUGCAUCUACUGGUGUCGAUACGACUCCGGAUUUGCCAGCGACCGUGCAAUCGCAGUUGCAACAGGAUACCCUGUUGGAUCCUAAACUAAUUAAUGACUUUUCAAAGCUGGGCUCGUUGAUCGAUCUAGAAAAGGAGCAAGGUACGAAAAAGUCAGUUCCGGAUCCCCGCUCUUAUCCGCCUCCUAGGUCUCAAAAAAGGCCAAGACUGCUCAAUAAGGACUCUGCCGUUGGAUUUUAUCGCCAACAUGCUUCUAAGGGCAAUACCCCUCCUGAGUUUACGGAAGCGCUGCUUCAAGAUCUUUACAGAGAUUGGCAUGUUGUCCAUUUAAAUUGCAAUGUCACUUCUCUGAGGCCAAGCAUUAGAGACAAAACACUGCCCAAGUCUGUUCGAUUUGGUGAUUCUGUAUUUGUCAACGACACAUAUGCAGCAGCGGAUUACGAACGUAGCGACAAAACCUUCAUUAAGAUGCGUCGGAAAAUCAUGCAAAAGAACUCGGCUAAUUUUGUCUCCGCCAUUAAACUGGAACUUAACGAAUUCAAGAGGAAUGAAAUGCCGGUUCAUGAGGACAGUUCAGGGAACACUCAUUUUUUUUAUUAG